AGGCCUAGUCUCCGAGAGAGGGUCCGCCCGCCAUUGUCCCCGAUGGGCUCGGCCCCUCCGCCCGCGGCCUCGGCCUCGUCGCCGUCCUCGUCCCGGCGCCACUCGUGUUACCUGUGUGACCUGCCGCGGAUGCCGUGGGCGAUGAUCUGGGAUUUCUCUCAGGCGGUGUGCCGGGGCUGCGUCAACUAUGAGGGAGCGGACCGGAUCGAGCUGGUCAUCGAGCAGACCCGGCACCUGAAGCGGGCGCACGGCCUCCCGGCUCCGGGGCCUGGGCCCGGGGCUGGAGCCGGGGCCGAGGCCUCUCUGUCGGAGCUGGGCCGCGCCUUCCGGCACCGGACCGAGGAGUGGGCCGGCCGCCCGGCCGCCGUCAGGGACUCCCUGCUCGGCCUGUCGGACUGCGCCCCGUUCCCCCUCCGGCUGCGGGCCGAGCCCAGCCUCCAGGCCCGGGUGCUGGCCUUCGACGCGGCGGAGCGCUGCCCGGACCGGGCCCUGGAGCUCAGGCUCUUCAUCGAGUACCCGAGCGGCUCCGGGGCCGUGCACUCCGGGGUGGCCGAGGCCGUGCGCCACAUGCUGGCCGACAGCGCCAAGGAAGCGCAGGCCCCGGGCCUGGAGUGCCUCGAGUACGAGAGGAGGCCCGGAGCCGGCGACUGGAGGCCCCUGUCCCACCUCCUGACCGAGGCCGCCCGCCUUUUCAAGGAGGCCGUGCCCGCCGACCUGCUGCCGGAGCCUCACACCGAGCCCGGGCUCAGCAGGCCCCCUCCCGCCACCACCACCACCAGGCCCCUGGGCCCACCCCGGCGCCGCAAGGCCUCCCCGGAGCCUGAGGCCUGCAAAGGCCUACCCCCGGGGGACCCCCAGGCCUGGCCUCCGGAGGGUCACUCCCCGGCCGGCUCCUCCGGCUCAGCCGCCGACCCCCUGCUCCCCAAGGAGGCGGUGCACUCCACCACUGCCGCCCCCGGCCAGAGGCGCCUGGCCUCCCGCAACGGCGGCGGCGAGGCCGAGCCAGGGGCCGAGCCCCCCCCUCCUCAAGCGCCGCCGCCGCCCCCCGCUGCGCCGUCGGCCCAGCCUCCGGCGGGUGCCCCGGACUCCUCCAGCAGUCCCCUCUGCUGCACCAUCUGCCAUCAGCGGCUGGAGGACACCCACUUCGUCCAGUGCCCCUCGGUGCCCGGCCACAAGUUCUGCUUCCCCUGCUCCCGGGAGAGCAUCAAGUCGCAGGGGGCCAACGGCGAGGUCUACUGCCCCAGCGGCGAAAAGUGCCCGCUCAUCGGCUCCAACGUGCCCUGGGCCUUCAUGCAGGGAGAGAUCGCCACCAUCCUGGCCGGUGACAUCAAGGUGAAGAAGGAGAGGGACCCCUGAGAGACACCGAGAGAGACUGAGACAAGAGCUGCUUGAGACAAGGAGCUAGCCGCCUGUAACUCCUCUUCUUUGGAAACCUCCCGCCCUCCUCACCCGCUGAUGGACCGAGAGGUCUCUGCAACCAAAAACGAACAUUCGAAACCAACCACGAGAGACGAUGGGAUUGAUCUGCCUUCUCUUUGGAAGAUACCCACCAUCCCCCUCCAAGGACAGACUUUACUGCAGCGAGAGAGACCAGGGGGAGUGAUCAUUCAGCCCCCGGGGGCCAACGUUGGCACUUAGACACUGGUGCGCAUCGUGGAGAGUGGCAGAGGUUUUGAAACUCCCGCGAUUUCGACAUGCCCGAAACGUUUCAAGUUGUAGCGCCGUUGCCAACGUAGUGGAUUAUGUGGGAGUGCACGCCCUGGGUGGUUGACACUGGUUUUGCAUUAUCCAUGCGAUACCCAUCGAACUUUCUGGACACCCACUUUUUUUGUAUAUGUAUGUUUGUGUUCUGUGUGUGUGUGUGUGUGUGUGUGUGUGUUUUUGUUUUAAAACGUGCUGGGGGAUUAUCCCGGGCCUGAGACUCCCCCCUCUGCUGCUGCCUCCUCUGCCCACAGCAUCCCUCCCCAAAAGGAGGGAGAAUCAUGCAUCCAGAGGUGCCUGUGAUGUCUGUGUGACCUUCGCUCGCGCUCUCUUCCUCCCCCUCUUGCUCCCCAAGCAGCGUCCGUUUGUGCAUUGCCCCCCUCACUCUGAGUUGAAAGCCACGAUAUGUUGACUUGUAGGGGCUGAAACACCAGCACUUUGCGGAUUCACACAACGCUGUGUAGCCUUUGAGCUGUGGCAGGUUCAUCUUGAAAAGAAGGUCAGAAUGCUCAUUGGUCUGUCAGGGCUUGAAGUUGGCACAGGCUUGGUAGUUGACACGUGGUUGUAAGCUGGAGUGGCAGGGAGCAUUCCUCUCGCCAACGCUGCCACACAAUGCCAGCUGCGGCCCCGAGACACCAUUGGGAAAGUUUGUGGCCGGCUAAUCCGGGCUGUGCUGAACCGUGGCCUCAGGGCAGUGAGCUUGAUGAGAAUCCUCUAUCCGCCUUGGCACCCUUAUCCUCCCCCAUCAAUUAACAACGAGAGCGAGCCCCUACCACCCCCCAGUCCUCCGCCGGGCCUUGUGCAGUGGCCAUACCUGGGUGUUAAGGGAGAGCUGUGAUAUUUCCCAGUGUUCAGUAGCCUGUGAGAAUUCUCACUGUCUGAGGGUGGUGAUUGAGGGGAGAGUGGUUGGGAGUGAUCCUCACUGAACGGGCCCCUUCCCAUUGUCCUCUUGGUGGGGCUGCUGUUAGAGUUUGUGGUGGAUCAGAAACGUCAUUUGUCUUUGUGAAGUUUAUCUUUCGCCUUGUGCUACCGUCAAACGCAAGCAACGUGUUUAAGCCCCCAACUGGUUUGGUUUCUUGUCCUUUUUAAGAAUAGUGGGAGACACCUCUGGGCGGGAGGGUGAGACCGACGAGUCCCGUCACUGACUGGUUCGCGAAACACAGCAGUGAGUCCUUUUGGAUGGAGCUGCGCCUGAGCUGACCUGCCCAGUUACUGCACCCUGCAGUACCCUGCAGAGUUCCCCAGCAGUGGCCAGUGCUUUUCCCACUGGAACCACAGUCACUCUCGGGUUGGGUCCGAUGUGCCCUCGUCCUCUUUGUUGCCAGUUUGGGACACCCUUGGAGGGCAGUGUGUGUGACUGACUUGUGAAGUGGGCCAGGUAUUCGUAAAUAUCGGAAGGGGAAUGGAGACCCGUAGUGUCUGCAGUUUUGUUUGAUUGCCUCUUCUUGAGUGUGUUUAAAAUGCUACUGUUGUUUUUUUUUUCCUUUUGAAAACCCAUGUUAUGAAGCUGCUGCACCCUUGCAAGUAACAGGGAGCAUUUGAGGAGGUUUUCAUCUUGUGAUCUGAUACCAGUGUGUUGUGUGUCUUCCUGUGAUCGUACUGGCUGUUUCUUCCUCUGUUGUAAUAAUCUGUAAUUACCUUAGCUUGUGAUAAUCAUGGUUUAACAGAAGAAAUUUUUUUUAUAUUUAAAUUCAAAACCCCUACGAAAUAAAGCCCUUUUU